AUGGAAGCUGGAGUAGGAGUCACAGAAAAAUAUAGUUUAAAUAGGAAGUGGAGUGAUAUUGUUAAAGUACAUAAUCCUCCUUUAGUAAUUAAACCGAAAAAAAAUUACCAGAAUAGUACAACCACAAAAAGUGUUGUCACAGAAAAAAUUAAUCCUUCUGAUAGUGCUAUCUCUAUAAAGAAUGUUAAGACGGGCGGCCAAGGCAGCAUUCUUAUUGAAUGUAAAGAUGAGGAUUCUUUAAAUAAAUUGAAAGAUGUUGCUGCUUCUACUCUUUCGGAGGAUUAUGAGGUGCAAGUUCCCAAGCUAAGAAAACCUAAAAUGGUUAUGCAUGGAGCGGAUAUUCAACACGUGGCUUUAAGUUACGAAUCGGAAGAUGAAAUAAUGGGACGAUUACAUAAGGACAGGCGGGGAACGGCACAUUACAGUAAACAGGAUAUAAGGGAACAAUAUUGUAUAUCUAACAGAGGACUGGGAGCACUGGAAAACGACAAGCAAAGUCUUUUUGGUUGUCUAUCUUCACAUCACAGUUCACCAUGCUCAAAUCGUCCAUCGUUUCUUACCGCCUGUGUUCGACAGAAAGUGCCAUCUGAUGAAAACCUGUGUGAUCUUUACAAGAGGCAUCCAUCUGAAUAUGCACCAUAUCCGCGAAGAAAUAGGAAUCCAUGGGGUCCUAUAAUGCCGGAGAUGUAUUUCUAUGACGAAGACUUGAAAAGUUCUUAUUUUCGUCGGAAAGUAACCAUUGAUCCCAGCAGAUACACGUGGAUGCCUUCUGACGACGAAUCAAUUGGAUUAGAAAAGCCGAGAUCAAUAAUGGAACAUAGUUUCCAUCCUCAACAAAUAACACCACCUUCAUCGAUAAUACCAGGCAAAAAACAUGUAAGUUUCGCCAGGUCUCAUACACUUGCUAGUUUCGACGAUGCUAUAUCAUCAUUAAGUUCCUCAACAAGCCAGCUUAAUAGAGUUACAAGAAGUCAAGAACGUCUUCUAGACGUAAGAAAGACUGAACUCCAACCUAUUACAAAACAACCUGAAUCAGAAAACAUUGUGAUUAUGGAUAAAAUCAAAAGAGCUCCAAUGAAGACACAAGCGACACAAACUGAAAUAGGUCUAGGACGAAAACCUCUUCCACCAAGUCAUAUCAAUUUAAGUCCAAGAACUAUACAUAGGGUAAAAAUGGUGUCUCAAGGGGCACAAACAAAUGGCUUUAUUUUAAAUGGCAGAAAAUUAGUGAAAUCCUUUUCUGAGGCAGGAAAUAAAUUUGGACUACCAACUAGAAAUGGAGAUUUCCACCAGUUUGAAACAAUUUUAGACCAUGAACCGCUACAAAGAACUCAAUCAGACGAACCACCAAGAUCCCCCUUUAUAUUAAGUACUCCUGCUGAAUUUGCGCUUCCUGAACUUCCCCAUCAACAACUACCUCAGAGCGAUACUUCUUCAUUAUCAAAAUCCGACCACGAGUCGGAUUCGGCAGAAUCAAAAAAGGAAAUUUUCAUAGACUUUAAACCUCAAGUACCACAAACGUCACGAAAGGUGAGCAAGAGAUGUCUGACCAAAACGAUGUCAGACGGUGAAAUUUUGAUGGAACAAAGAAAAACACAGAAAAUUGACGAUAGUGUCGUACCAGAAAAAGCAAUAGUAUCAAUGAGCCACGAGAAUAUUGCUUCAGAAGAGGAUCAAAGAAGUUUUACCCCAUAUUUUCAAAAGUUACCCAUUCGAAACGAAGGUAUAUUUAAACCUCUAGAAGAAAAUGUAUAUUCAUCAUUCGAUGGUGGUCCAUAUGGACAAGAUUCUGUUGAUGAAGAAUUCCAUGAAAAUAUAAUUUACAAUAGAAUCUAUUUAAAUAGGACUGAUUCUCAAGAAAACGGACCUCUUGGUUUAGAAAGUUUUUCACCACAUGAAAUGCCUGUUGUACCUUCUGUAUGUUUACAGUCUGAUGAGAGAUUGUCUCCAUUUGCCUCAAAUGAUUCCUUAACUACUGACACUAGGGAUCAGUCAGAUGGAAUUUGGAAUGAAUCUCAAGUGACUGUGCUGCAAGUGGACUCUGGAACAGAUAACGGUACUGCCUUGAGUAGCUCAGAAAUGACUUCGGUAACAUCACCCGGAUCUGCUAAUCUUCUGACUCCUUCAUCUCGCCGAAAACAUCUCCUAAUGUUGCAACACCAACAGAGAUCUUCUAUGGAUACUGAAGCUUUAGACGAAGAAAUCGUAGAUGAAAGCGACACUUAUCCUAAAAUAAUUGUGGAAAAACCUAUAAAGAAACAAUUGGAACCUCCUCUUCCAUCCGCGAGGCAAUAUCUAUCUACACAAAAUGCAAUACCGCCUAUGUGGAGGAAAACAAUGCAAGAGUCUCCUAUAGAAUCUCCUCUACCUGCUGUCGUUCCGGAUCUGUUAUUGGCAAGAACAGAUUCUUGUAAAACAAAUACCGAUGUUUCUGAAAGUACUACAACUGAUGAUUACAUUACUGCCAAUUCGGGAACAGACAGUUCAAGAAAGAGUGGUUCAGUUAAGGGCAUGGAAAUCUACACAAAGCUACAAACUCAUAUUAAUGAGGGUUCAAGUUUUGAGAGUACCAAAGGUGUUGAUCAACUUGGUGACGACAUGGUAGUGCCGACCUUUUCUCCACCAGCCUCCGUCUCGGAUGAAAUUCGACCUUCUCCCACUUCCCGCAGCCUGUGCAACACCCCAGUGCCUCUUAUUCGCACCGGCCGAUCGACUCCGUCCGAUGACACCAGCUCCUCGUGUGGAAGUUACAGCGUGGGAUCCACCCCUGACCUCCUAGAAAGGUCAACAGUGCCUUUAGAAUGUUCCGAGAAACGUAGCUCUGCAACGGAAGAGGACCGAAACAUUUAUUAUUCAGCAUCGGCGUACUACGAGUCGACAAUGGAAGAGAACAUAACUUGGAAAUCCUCCAAACAUGAAACCAAGCUCCAAAAGAGACGUAAAGAAUUUUCAUUAGACUUAUCAACGAAUCAACCAGUGCACUUUGAAAAUUAUUCUGUUUCGAGUAACGGCAAGUACAAAUCAUUUAAGAGAGAAUCAAAAGUGUCACCUCAAGGCGAAAUGAACAAAUUAUUAGUAGAAAAACCCAAAAGAUCUAAAAUGCGUAUGAGAAGUCCCAUGCAAAUUCAGAAAAAAAUUAUUCAAACCAAAAAAUUACUAUACAGAGAAGGAUCACCGUUUCAGGAAGAAAGGGAAAAUAAGGGUACUUCCGAUGAAUCCAGUUGUGAUAUGGCCAUAAAACAGAUUAAUAAUCAAACCUCUCCUAGGAAAGCAAAGAAAAACAAAGAAAACAUACGAAGAAAAUCCUUACCCAGAUCACCUGUUAAUCAAAGACCGACCAAAAGAAAUGAGUCAGAAGAAAAACCCUCUAGUUUACCGGGAAGUUUAUCUCGAAGAAAAUCUUCGAAACAAAGUAACAAAAUCACAUUAUUCGAGAAUACGGAGAAUAAACAACAUUACAGUCCUAUAGGGUCACCACCAGAAUCAAAAAUGCAGAGUUUGAAAAAAAGUCCCGACACGACCAAACUGAAAGCACUCAGUGCCGAAUCACUAAGAUCCGUGAGCCCUGGCAGUGAUAGCGUCUUCUACAGCGACCCCAGCAGUCACACAGCAGACCAUCAAGUUCAUUGCCUCCAUUGUGGUAAGGAAGUCGAUAUUGUUACCACUGACGAUCCCGAUAAAAGUAUAAGUAGCAACGAAAAUCAUCAGGAUAUAGUUCAGCCCCCGGCAGGAUUCGAAGACUCACCAAGGUCAAAGUCAGGAGGAAGACUUUACAAGAAACUUGAUAGGAGGAUACGAUCUGAAGAACGCACUCAAAUGGAACAAAGAAAGCAUCGGUACAAACCUGAUAUUAGGGCGAAGUCGGAGGAACGCGGUGCAAAAACUUACAAAAACAAACUUAGACCUAUGGCAAAAUCUACGAAUAGCAGUCAAGAACAAUUAAAAGCUACUGAUUCCAGUCCUAGCGUUCUACCUGGCGCUCCUGAGGCUGAAGAUGAUGAUAACGGAAUUUAUGACGCUCCUUAUAACGAUGGUUUUUGGAUCUAUAUUGAUGAAAGGGAAGAAGUUGUCCCAUUUAAAUUAUCUAUAGGUAAUUAUGCAAGAAUUUAUUUUCAAAUUCCUAGUCCUUGUGUAACCUGA